AUGAGCUGCCAAGCAUUUGCUUCCUCAGACACCUUUGUGCCCUUGAAUUCUGACUCUUCUCCCUCUCUGCCUCUGAUAAUGCACCACAGCGCUGCAGAGUGCCUGCAGGUCUCCAACCAUGCCACCAAUGUUGUGUCUACAGUCCCAUCUGUUUUCUCUUUGCUUCCAACUCGUGUGUGCUCGUGCAUUGGCUUUGCCACAACAACUCUGGGACACCUUGCAGGUCUGCACUACUCUGUGCCCUCCUGUCACUAUGGGAAUCAACCUUCCACCUACGGGGUGAUGGCAGGUGGCCUGGCGCCUUGCCUGUACAAAUUCCCGGAGCUGGGCGCCAGCUCCUGCGCGCUGUCCCACGGGCUCGGCGCCGUGCCCCAGCCCCUGCUCCCGGACGACCCCGCCGCCGGCUUCAAGCAGGAGCUCCGCAGGAAGGGCAAACCCGCCGAGGAGCCCGUGGACAUGGACUCCCCCGAGAUCAGGGAGCUGGAGAAAUUCGCCAACGAGUUCAAGCUGCGCCGAAUCAAGCUGGGUUACACACAAACCAACGUUGGAGAAGCGCUGGCUGCUGUGCAUGGCUCUGAGUUCAGCCAGACGACGAUUUGCCGCUUUGAGAACUUGCAGCUGAGCUUCAAGAAUGCCUGCAAGCUGAAAUCCAUCCUGUCCAAGUGGCUGGAGGAAGCAGAACAAGUGGGAGCUUUGUACAACGAAAAAGUUGGAGUGAAUGAACGGAAGAGGAAGCGCAGAACCACCAUAAGCAUCGCUGCCAAAGAAGCCCUAGAGAGGCACUUUGGAGAACAAAGUAAGCCGUCUUCUCAGGAAAUCAUGAGGAUGGCUGAAGGGCUCAAUCUUGAGAAAGAAGUCGUGAGAGUCUGGUUUUGCAACAGAAGACAAAGGGAAAAAAGAGUGAAGACCAGUUUACACCAGAAUGCCUUCAGUUCUAUUAUCAAGGAGCACCAUGAAUGCCGGUGA